CAGGUCGACCGCGCGGUGCUACACCAUCAGGAGGAGGUUGAAGCGAUGACGGUUAGCUCUGUUUAGAGGGCCGCGCGAAUGCUACCUAUCGAAAAGGUAGGCAGGCGGGCGGGCCUAUAAAAGGGAAAAUACGAUCGGUGAAGAGCACGGGCUAUGAUUCGCUAUGGGAACGAAUUCUAAUCAUUGAAAAGUGAACGAUGCCAGCGUAGCGUCUGCAACGAAGGUGCUGAAGGCUGACAACGAAUUGACUCGAGAUUCGAUGUUACUUGAGAUACCAUUCGAACGACAUAUUGUUACCCUGUAGUGCCAACUCAUAGUCUGACAAAGUACAAGUUUUUGCAACUAUCCAGAUCCUGAAAGGGAAGACCGCAUCGUCUGGUUAGAGGCUAGCUCGUAGUGAACGUUGUGAAUAAUCAGCGAAGUCAUCUGGUAGCGGAAGAAAAUUCAGAGGUCGGAUUCAGACAACAGGAUCAUUAUGAUAGAGUAUACUCUGCUGCUUCUUGUUGGCCUUGCGCGUUAUGCGUGGGCCGCCGAAGACCACGAUGAGUGGAGCUACGAAGGAACAACAGGGCCGGACGCGUGGGGUCUCAUUGAGAUGAGUGGCAACAAUCAAUGUGCAAUGAAGCGACAAAGUCCUAUCGAUAUUGAGGUCAUAAGGACAAAAUACGAUAAAUCGCUCAAGCCGCUUGCCCUAACUGGUCACGAUAAAAUCACUCCCAGUAUCUUAGGUGUCAAUAAUGGACACACAGUUCAGCUGAAUUCCAACGAGUGGACCCAGAAGCUAAGCGGAGGCCCUCUCUCGGGGGAGUACAAGUUACUGCAAAUGCAUUUCCACUGGGGCAAAGACAGCUACAGAGGAUCUGAGCAUACCAUUAACGGAAAACGGUACCCCAUCGAGCUCCAUAUGGUGCAUAUCGCAGCUAACGUAACUGAUAACACUAACUUCCCGGGCGCCAUCGCAGUUCUUGGCAUCUUCUUCAACCUCAGCAAGGGCUCAAGUAACAUGGGUAUCCGGAAAAUCGCUAAGCUGAUCACAGGAAUGGAAGCUAAUACCAAAAUCAAUAUCACUGAUGAGCUGUCGCCUAGCAUGUUGCUUCCGUCCAGCCGAGAUUUCUUCACCUAUGAAGGUUCCCUCACCACUCCACCAUGUUCUGAAGUGGUCACAUGGCUCGUACUCCGCGAACCUUUAAAAAUUACUGAAGUUGAGCUUGAAGCCUUCCGAUCGACGCAGUUGCCCGACAAAAAACCCCUGGUUGACAACUUCAGGCCAGUACAACCUCUCAACAACCGUGUGGUGCGUGCAUCGUUCUUUACUGGGUCAUCAUCCAGUUUGAUGCCGUCGCUCGCUGUUGUCGUCUCCUCAGUUCUACUGUUUCGGCUUUACUGAAGUCAGUCGUCAAUAAUUUGAGGUUACAUUUAAUGUUGAUUACAGAUACAAUGUAAAGUGGGUUCUAUUGCCAUUCAGGUUCCUCCAAUUCGCGCGGCUUCGGCCAAAGAGAUAAUUUGAAGAGGACAAAAGUAUCGUAAGUGAAAAGUGUUGUGGAACAGCAUUGAAUAAUAUUGAACAAUAUAUUUAUUGAACACUAAAGGGACACCAGCUGUGGGAAUGCCUAUCGUAGUGACAUGACGAAAACCCGCUGUAUUUAGAGCUAGUUAGAUAGCUAUUAAACCAUUAAUGGUAACCACAUAUGUCGAGCGUAACUAACUUGUAGUGAACGUCAGACUGACGACUGUUAGCUUUACCUAUUGAUCCUGCGGGAAGAUAUCGAUAUCUGAUACUGUUGGCCAGUUGGGAUAUUGUUUCUUUCUGAUGCUGCAUCUCUUUUUGGCUGGUUUACUUACAAAGGCCCAGCACUUAGAGCAAGUGAGGAAUAUCGGAUUGCUUAUAGUUAUUCCCGCUUGAGUAACACAUAUAACAUGUUGGAGCCAUUUAAAUUUGGAAGUAAUGCAUAGCCACUAGCCAUAAUUUACUAUGUAAUGAUUCAAUUUAUCUGUCGUUGAGGUACUUGCGGUUUUAGCUACUCGGGGCCUACGCCCUGUUUUUUUGUUUAGAAAGAUUGAAUGGGUGAUGCGUACAUGCUACUUUUAUAAAUGUGUAAUAUAUUUCCUAUUUUUCCAAAUGACUCGGCUAACUCAUGAUGCAGUGAGUGAAAUAAGGAAACUUCACUUCUGUUCUAAAUUCAACGAUCAUAAAACGAUUCAUUGAAUAAGUCAUCAAUUUUUCCAGAAACGUUCGGAUAUCUAAAAAAUGUACUACUACAAUGCGUACAGAAGAUGGCUGGCUAACAAGACAAAAAAAAUGUUUUUUUUUGCUUUAAACUUAAAAAAAAAAGACUUUAAAAAGCAAAACGUGUCUGGAAUCAAUAUUCAAGUGCUAUGAAACAGCAGUUACGUCUUAUGACUAAUUUCUAAAAAUUAAACGUUACCUUUUCCUCAAAGUACCAUCUAUUAAUAUAUGUACCUAAAACUCUACCUCGUUUACUUGUUACCUUUUAGAUAAUCUGCAUUAACCUGUUUCAUGAUACGAAAUACCUGUACAGUAAUUACAAUAACCGAGAAGCAUUGUUGAAAGAGAUUUACGUUCAAAUCUUAAAUAAAACUACU